GUGUUCUACACAGCGUGAAUCAGAAAUGGGAAUGCCACAGAUGCUUCAGAAACUGUCCCCGAAGAUUAACAAGAAGAAUGGAUUUUUAAUCUUAAUCUUAGUUGGUCUUGUUGUUGCGGCUGAUUUUGUUGAGAAGGACUUCAUGUGCCCUUGUGAAGAAGUCCUUAGAUGGGUGUUUUUUGUAUUUUACCUGUUCAUCCCUGGCUUUAUCACCUUAACGGUCACAUAUUGCAUUAUGUGUGAGCUGUAUAAAGAGGAUUUUGCAAGUCAGAAAUCUGAUGUUGAAAAUAAAGGUCAGAAAACUCCUGAAGAAAGACGAGAACAGAGAUCCAGCCCGAUUGAGGAAACUAACGAGGAGAGUGAUGAAGCUGAGAAGAGUGAUGAAGCUGAAGGACCUCGGAAUUGUAGAUUCUUCUUGAAGUGUUGCAUUCCGACUGUCGUUUGGAUAAUCCUGUUCUUCAGUGAUGGAAGAUUUGUGGCUUGUUUGUGUACAGAGUUAAUGGGAGGAUAUGCUGACAGCAAUCCACAUCCACCAUGGGAAUGGUGUCACAAACAACGAAACCUGACCUAUGCACAGCAACGUGCAGAGAAAUCUCAUAAAUAUUCCAAGGUGGUCGGGUUUGGUUGUCUCUUCUUUGUCUCGAUUAUAAUAAUGAUUUAUAAAUGUCGUGUAAUACACAAAGCCAGCAAGCAACAGACACACACACAGACUGCUGUGCAAUAUGAAGACAUACCAUUGCAGGAAGGUGCCAGGGCAGAUGAAAGCUGAAAUCUACAGAUGUUCACAAAAGGACCCUACAAGAAUUCAUUCAUCCAUUACUGUCAGCAUUCUAUUAUUUUUGAAAUGCUUUGUUUGUUUGUUUGCUUGUUUGAUUUGCUUUUCAAUUUCUCUUUCCAGUUUAAACCCACUAGCUAGAACUGUACCUUAUAUUCUACCACUGCUAGGAGGAUAAAGGCUAGAAUGAUCUUGCUCUGAGACACAUAAAGUUCAACAAAUCCUCUUAAACUGUAGCUACUACAGUUAGACGGGAAGAAUGUUAAAUGCUAAUAAUGUUAUGCCAGCUAAUGCUUCAGUGUCUGUGCUGGCUAGCUAUUUCAUUGAUAGAAACCAUUCUUAGACAGCUGUGCAGCUUUGGUGCUUCUUUUUGAAACCUCAUAAUAUACUUCUUCAAAAUGCAAGUACUUUUAACAGUUAGUAAUAGCUGCUGCUCUUGCUUGUAUUCAAAUUUCUUAUAGUUGUGUAGUCAUUUUACAAGAUACUAAGCAAGCGAACAGCUUUCAGUUUUGUGCUUUUAGUCUUGUAAUAUUUUGUUCAGGUGUUUGAUGGACAUGUGUUUUAAAUAAAAUCUGCAAAAAAG